AUGGCUGGCACUCGGGAUUAUGAUCAUCUUUUCAAAUUGCUAAUCAUUGGAGAUUCUGGUGUCGGAAAGAGCAGUCUUCUUCUACGAUUCGCAGACAACACUUUUUCUGAAAAUUAUAUAACCACAAUUGGUGUGGACUUCAAAAUCCGAACAAUGGACAUAAACGGACAACGAGUGAAGCUUCAGAUUUGGGAUACUGCAGGACAGGAACGAUUCAGAACCAUUACAUCGACCUAUUACCGCGGAACCCAUGGAGUCGUCGUUGUUUAUGAUGUCACAAACGGCGAAUCGUUCGGAAAUGUGAAGCGGUGGCUUCAGGAAAUUGAGAACAAUUGUGAUUCAGUUCAGAAAGUUCUUGCGGAAUAUCUUGUUCAAUUUCUCUUAAAAGUAAUGUCGAACCGCCUAGUUUUAACUGCCAAACUCGCUAACCCAUCAUCCGCCUCUAAAGAUCAGCAUCGUUCGGGUGGCGUCUCUCUGAAAGACACGUCUGGAUCGAACAACCAAAAGAAGAAGUGCAAAUGUGGAUAA